ACACAACUUUUCAUAUAUACGCAUAUGCGUGCUCUGCAUGCUUGCACAAUGACGUUUCAAAACAAAACAGAGGCUCGUCAUAUUUUCCUUCGAAAGCAUAUUUUUAAGUGAAACUAUGCGAGAAAACCUGACUCGUAUCGGUGAGUGGUGAGAUGCUGCGUAAUUUGAUAAAUUUGCAUUGCCUUGGAAAAUGUCAAAGAGCCUGGAAUUACUCGAAAUCGAGAAGUGUAUUGCUUCAAGGUUAUGGUACACAGCUUCUGCCAUCCUCACCACGGAAAUCGAAAGUCAUUACCUGGCCAAUUACACCAGGGAUGAUAUUGAGCAUUUUCACGAACUAAUAAACACUACUAUCGCUGCAUCUGAGAAUAAGGAGCAAUAUGAAUGGAUUAGUUAUAAGUUGUUGUUAUGGCUCGACAAGCGCAAUUCAGCAAAAACCAAAGAAAAAUUGGAUCUUAUACAAUUUCAUUCCAAUUUAAAGUUAAUUAGUAAUGAAAUUCCAGAAGCAGUAGAAAAGGAAUUGUUGGAAUUAUUUGAAGCGAUCUUGCGUGCAAAACAAGGAGAUACGCUAUGUACAAAGAAAAUUUCGAUUGAAUCAUCCCAGUUUCUAGAAGCAAGUCUAUGUACAAGACCAGCAUUAACUUGUUGGCUUGUAAAUGAUUUAUUACACAUAUGGCCUACUUCAUUUUUUCCUUCAGAUUCAGUUUUACAAGAUCUGUACUCAAGUGCAUUAAAAUUAAUAACUGAGAAAAAAAGUAUAAAUGAAUACUAUGGUGCACUUUUAUGUAUGUUAUCAAAAUUAAAUUUAAUAGAGACCAAGGAAGAUCAACUAUUAAGUUGGCUUUAUCCUCACUUAUUUAAUACCUGUGACCCUGAUCACAUAGAACUGGCAUUAUACUCUAGAAAAAAUACAAAGUUCUUACAAGAAUGGCACAAGUUUCUAGAUGAUCAAAAUGAUAGAAUAGUACCUAUAGCUAGUGUGGAGAGUGCUCAAAAAAUUAGCAAUGUGAUAUUUUCCACAAAUGGCAAUAAUUUGAAUGAGCCUCAACUGCAUGUUAAAGAACUUACAUUACGAGUAGCAAAACGAGGAGUUCACUGGUUAUUAGAUAUCUUGGACAUGUGUUCAGUGUUGGUAGAGAAUGGAGAUUACGAUAAGACUUCCAGAAUAUUAUCCUGCCCUUUACUAAGAAAUCUUUGGCCCUCACUUUUGCUUAAUUUUCUGCACAAUUUAUCCCAAAUACAAAUCACUGCCGAAGCAGAAACAUGGCAAAAGAGUUUAAGCAUUUGUGAGUCACUGAAAUUUCUACUCAAUAAGUGCAGUUAUACUCAGUACGAGUAUAAUGAGCCGAUUCUCGUCAAUCUCAAUGCGUCUUUAAACAAUCAUCUAAAUGUAGUCAAAUGGAUCUUAGAGUAUAGAAAGAAAUAUGUUACCAAUGCCAUAGACCAGAAUCUGUCUGUCAAACGCAUACUCCAUGGAUUGCAAGACUACUGCAUUCUUACGGUGCUCAAGAGAAGCAUCAACAUUCACGAAUGUGACUACAACGAGAUAGAAGAUUUACUGAAAAACCGCAACGAAGCCUCUACAAUCUUCAGAUCAUAUCGAGCAAUGCAGUCAGCUUUAGAAGCUAUAUUGACAUACGAGCUGCACAAUACGCGAGGAAAGAAUGCAGCCACAAUACAUUUCACUGAAAUGGAAUUUCUAUUAAAUGGCAUAAAUCCUCUAGCCUUGCGAAUUGAAGUCAUCCAAAACGUCUUCUCUAUGCUGUUCCUUCGUCAUGACUCGCACUUUAACGUUACAGAAAAUACAUCGGAGGAAGAAGAUUACAAUACUGCUUUGUCAGAGAAAGAAAAGCAUAGCUCGGCUUAUGAGAGCAAGGAAUCUGACACGCAAAAGCGCUAUGGCUUUGUAUGUAACAAGUACUCAGUCAGAAGUUUGAUCCGCCACUUAAAAAAGUGUGUAAUCCAGGUAGGCAUUGAUUUUGCUAAGUUGAGAAGAGAAACUGGUAGCACCAACGAUUUGGAGACUCUACAGAUAAGUAUUUUUGCCAUGGAUAGCGCUUUGUCCGAUGCCUUCUGGCGAUUAGAGUUAUUAACAAGUCCAGAAUUCGUCGAAAGUAAGGACGACGCAGUUGAGAAUUCAAUUGUCGUCUCGAGUGAUGCGGAAAAUGUCAUAGAUGAGAAAUUGACCUUUUCAUUUCGUCUGAAGAGUAAAUCUAUCUUUUACACCCAGCAGACUGACAGCUCGUCAGAAGAAGGCGAUCGAGAUUUAAAAUCUGAUGUGGACGGAUCCUCAGAGACUGGUUCAACUGACGCCAACAACAAACGCUUGAAAAGGAGCCGAGCGCACGUCUCGUUAACUGUAGUUGACGGAAUGACCAUGAAAAAUUCUAAUUCCAAAUUCAUUAUUAAUUUAAUGCUGGCAUCCAAAGAGAGCUUGGUACUUCAAUGUUUGUGGAAAGGCGACUACGCAAGAGCCCAACAAGUCAUAGAGAUGUUUAAUAUGAAAAACACGUCGUUGGACGGUCAAGUUCGCCUGUCAAAGGCCAUGCAAAAUUUUCGAAAUGAUAUGAAGAAACAAAUGAACAGUUUGGAUACCGUAGAUUCCGCUAAAAAUAGCAAAGAACUUCAAAUCUUGGAGAAUGUUCGACGAGCAGCCCAGGGCGGCUACCAGAGUUCCCGCAUCGCGAAUCAACUGGAGACUUUCCUGGCCUCUCAAGAGUCUAAUGCGCGUUUGCUGUGCUCUGACGCGACCGGAGCUCGUGAGAUCCUAACGUUAUGCGUGCUUGAUCUCGCACUGACUAUGGUCCAGCAGAAUCAGCAGAAUUCAACUAGCCUCCUGGACGUAGCCACGAAGUAUCUCAAAUUGUCGCGCGAUCUCGAGGGCACGCGCCACGCUGCGCACUUUAUGGAUGUCUACCAGUUGGUGCAUGAGGGCCAACUGACCAAUAGCCGUUCGGUACCGGCAGCUUUAUGCGACACAACAAUACCUCUUAGGAUCAAGGAGUGGAGAGAGAAAACAGACUUUUGGCGAGAACUCUCCAACAAGGUCAAGCAGUUCCAAGUGACCCAGUCAAUGCUAGACAAAUUAGAUAAUAAGAUGAGUGGCGAGGGCUCAACUUCAUUGCCUGCUCAAAAGGUCUUCCGCGAGAUUAUUGCACUUUGUGGAAAUACGCAGAACUAUCUGCAUAAAAUCCUUGCGCAUCUGCAGGUUUUGCUCACCCUGCUCUUGAAGGUUCCUAAUGAUGAAGUACUGGCUAGGACUGAAACGGUCUUACUGAGCGACUCUUUAGAUUCCUAUUUUGGUCAUCAAAUAUUUGACUUGAAUAUUGAGCCCGAAAGUCUUGAAAUCAUAGCCAAUAAGCUCGGAGUUAAUUUAGUUCAUAAUAUAUUAGUCAAUUGUUGUCCCAAGCUUACUUGCUAUGACUCGCUGCACACUGUGUGCGGUGACACGUGGGGCUGCAUCAUUCUCAAUAAAAAUACGAAUGAAAAAGUUGCUGAUGAUCACAAAACGCAAGAUCCAAAUCAGUGCGUGGCGAAUAUUUUAUUAGAAUUACUACAAACUAUUAAACGAUUAUACCCAGAUCGUGCACGUAUAGCAAACAAGAAUUUAGAUGAACUUUCCAAAGAUAGCAAAAUAGAGCAAGUUUUAGGAAAAUCGAAAAUUUUGGAAUUUUUAGAUUUGAGUGAAUUAUCCGUUGGCGAGCAUACUUUAGCUUUUUUCUUAAACCUUUGGAAUCUAUUAUUUUUACAUGCUCAGCUAACUCUUUGGGUGACUGAGCCACCUUUAAGCGCUCUUAGACAUUAUAUUUCAUUAUCGUCGAUCUACUAUCACGUAGGAGACUUAGGACGCAUUUCUUUAGCAACUUUAAGAUCCAAAUUACUUGGCUGCAUGUCAUGGGAACAUGAAUUUUUUUCGCGUACUGAAGAUCUCAAUGAAGUUGUAUGGCAAGAUUUAGAUCUUACACAUGACCCUCGUGUAAUAUUUGCUAUGGCAAAUGAAUUUCAUGAAACGCCAGCAAUCCAUAUUUAUCAUCCUCAAUCUCUUAACAAAGAUUUAAAUCAAGGACUACAUGAUUACCUCGAGUGUUACUCUCAAAAACAAUCUGAAUCUAAUAUGGAAAAUAAGGAUUCGACAUGUAUACAACUACCAGAAUUAGUUCAGCGUUAUGAAAAAUUUGUAGAAAAAAAUUCAUCAAAUUUAGAUUAUAUUAAUGUACACACACAUCACAACCAAUUGUGCCAAAAUGUAUUUUCUGUAAGCGAUUUCUUGGGUAAAUCACAUAAAAUUAUUUACAAGUAUGAACCAGCCAUGACUUCAUAUGAAAUACUUGUCAAAUAUGAAAAAGUUAAUUUGCCGAAAGCAGAAUUGACAAUGAAACGAAGUAUGAGUUCCAGUUACUAUAAUUCUUCGUCCUGGUCUUUGAGGUCCAUAAAACCCAACGUUUUACAUUACUUGGAAGGACAUUGUUGGCUGCUUUCAUACUUGGUUAAACGUGUUCACGACGAAACUUCAUCCAUGCUUGAAAGUUGCUGUGAUAAUCUUCAGAGAACUGCCUGUUUCGAGAACAAUUCUACUUCUCCCUGGAUCUUAACCUUGGCUGCGGCAUUAUUUGACGACAAUCCAAUUCUCGCUAGUUUACAGGAAAAUUUGUCGUUAAACGAUUUAUGGCUAUAUUUGGAGAAAUGUUUGAAGGACGAUCGAAUUGAAGACUGUCUCGAUGUAAUAAAUGCUCUGCCAAGUAAAUUACUGAUGAAAUGCACAGAAAUCCAAUGUUUGAAAGAUAAACUAUUAUGUCAGUUGAUUUACAAAAUGGAGGAUAAUCUGGUUGCGGAAAAGUUAUUGCAAUACAUUUAUCAGAUAAAAGAUAUUAAUGUUUUAGCACUGACCAUACUUUCUAAUAUCAAUAAAUGGCCGGUUCACUUAUGCCAGGAUGCUUUAUUCCAUGCACUGCACCAUAAAGAUAAGCAUAAACUUCCAUCGCACUGUAGGUUAAAAAUGAACGAGACACUCUGUAGAGUUACGGUUUUCUAUAAAAUGCUGCCUUAUUGUAAGAAUAAAGAACUAGAUACAAGAGAGGCCACUUGGUACGAUGUCGUAAACUGCACUGAAAAAACAGAUCCAGUUUGCAUAAUUCAAUCGCUCAUAGAAGUCGAUAAAUUUGAAUUAUGUCUUGAAUGGUUAGAAUAUCAAUCAUUUUCCACGGAGAUACAAUCGUUAGCUACACAAGAUCUUCUUAUCGGUUUAUUGAAAAACGAUGAAUCAGAUUUUAAGAAUGCCCGUAAAUUAUUCACGGCGCUUCCAAUAAGACAAUCAAUAAAAAUGUGUAAAAACGUUCUCAAAAGAUUGGAGUCAAUCAGGGCAAUGAAAUUCGUUAUUGAAUAUUUACUUGAAAACUGUGAAGUUGAAAAGGCAGUUAUGUAUCAUAAAGCUCAAAUCGGCGUAGAAAUUCUCGACCAGUUAGAGCCUAGAGACAGAGUUCACUACAUUCAGUUGAUAAAAGAACCCCUUUUGAUGCUGGAACAACUGCUUAUGAAUUGUAAAUUUGAAAAUCUUCGCAAAAUAGUUAACGUUAUUCAACGAUCUGAUAAUCUUCAAAAGGCUGAUAUUACAAUAGAAAAUUUUGAUAAAAUAGUCAGGUUCUAUGCAGGAAAAUCUUUAGAUUUUAGAGUAUCUCUGCAGCGAGAUGGGAUAGACACUAAAUCUAAGGACAAUUCAAUUCUCGCAUCUUCGUCAGAUAAUGAAAGUAGAAGCGAUGAAUUUGUAAUGCCAGUGAAUGUACCAACAAAGCAGGAAUGGAUUCCCAAUGACAAAGCUAGAGAGUGUAAUUGCUGUAAAGCAGUUAUAUUUUCCAUGUUUAAUCGGCGACAUCAUUGUCGACGAUGUGGUCGAGUAGUUUGUGCAGCAUGCUCUCAGCAACGAAUGCAAGUUAGUAGUUAUCCUAAAUCAGUUCUUGUAAGAGUUUGUGAUGAUUGCAAAAAGCAAACAGUACUCCAGAUGCAGGCAGCACAAGGAUCAUCCUCAACGGCGAGUAGUGUGGCCUUAGAAUGUUGGAAACUCACAACGGAUGAAAUGCAUAAUCAGACGGUCAGAGAAGAAUUUUCGUUCGAAUACGCUCCUAAUAUAUCUCUGUGCCUAGCCAUUCUUAGUCUUCAUUCGGAUCACAAAGCUUAUGCAAGCUUCCUGCUUGAUAGAUGCGAUGAAAUGAAGAGACUUCUACAGCCGGUGACUGCUGGACGCGUUAAUCCUGAGAUCGAUCACGUGCUGAUCAUCAAAAUGAUUCGAUCAUUGUUGGUAGCAGUUAAAGUCAAAUGUGCUAAGCUUGGCUUAAACGCUGGAUUGGCUCAUUGCGAUCGUUUUCUUUCUCAAGUCGACCUUAUUGCUACACUCGUCCAGUCUGACUGCCUAGCUCUCAUACCGUCGGAUGACAGUCUGGAUGAGCACGCGUUAAGAAAACUUCGUGAUCUACUCACAGAAAAAGAACAGUGGACUCUCGCGUUGGAUGUCAGCACCAAAUCAGGCUUAGAUACUCAAGGAGUUUGGGCAGCUUGGGGAAAAGCCUGCUUGAAGGUGGGUUAUUUGGAUCGAGCCAGAACGAAAUUUUCUCACUGUUUAGAAAAAGUUUUGUACGAAAAUUUUGACGAUUGGGUUCUUUUGUCUUAUCCGGAUACUGAAUAUGCCAGCAAAAGUAGUGAAGAUUCAUUAGAGAUUCAAAGGCAGCGAAAGUCAGAAAGUGCAAAGAAUGAUUCGCCGGGACGUAAACGGCAAACGAUUAAAAGUCGGCCAGUCAAGGAUCCCCCUUUGCUAGUAGAGAUUUUACAAAUUUUGGAAAACCAAAGUCAACUGAAUCCUGAUCAUUCUCAAACUGCUGUUCAAUCCAAGUCCAACGUAGCCCAAGAAAUCAUAACGACAUUGAAUAGUCUGAAGGCCAUAAGCCAAGGCCAAUGCUCUUUUGUUCAUAACUGGAAUUCGCGUAGUAUUUAUUAUGACGAGAGUCUUUAUUAUCUUUUGACUUAUGGAAGCUCCAAUUCCAUUCUGGAGUUUUUUGUAAAGCAUGAGGAAUUCAAUAAGUGUUUAGGAUUUGUGUUAGAAAACAAUAUCGAGCCUGAGUUAUUCUUUAAUGCGGUAUAUCUACGUUGUUUAAAUAUGGGAAAUGUUCAGAAACUUCUGGAUGCUAUAAGAACUGAUGACGCCAGUCUUUUAACAUGGAAAAAAUAUUUAGUCUAUACUUGUCACAGUCUAGACAAAAAACAGUUACUCCAUACACUCUAUCAUCUGCAAUUAUUCAUGAGAGAUUUCAUUAGAGCUGCGAUGACGUGUAUACGAUUUUAUAAAAAUGAUGCACGGGAUUACAUCGAUCUGUGUUCUAAAUCUCAUUUCCUAAUUGAAGCGCAAAAACAUUUAGAAACGGAGCUAAACGUAGAAAAUCUAAGUAGGAAACGAAGAAAAAGUAUAAGUUCUUCUCAUAGCGGUUCUCACGGAGGUCUUACGAUGGAAAUGGAACCCUCCGAAAUUGACAAGCAUAUGAACACGAUAUCUAGGCAAUUGGAAAUAGCUAAAUUUUUAGGAAACGCGGAAAAAGAGGGUCGAUCUGUUGGUCCAUACUUAAAACAUUUACUCGACAUGGAUACGGAUAAUGCACAUUUCGAAGAAUUGCCAACAUUAUUUGGAAAUCAACAGCAGAAAACUCGUCUUGCUGUGCUAGCAAUAUUAUGCGGUCGAGAUGCAGAAGAAGGUUUUGGAAUUGCUUUCAGAAUAAUGCAAGAUUAUAAUUUACGCGCACAAAAAGUAUAUUCCUUAGCUGGUCAUGUAUUAGCAUUAGAAAAGAAAAUAAGUUCAAUAGAGCAACUAAUCAAGUGCUGCAGAAGUUCAGGAGCACCUGAUUCACAGGCUAUAUCUGAUCGUGUCCUAACGCAUUGUGUAAAGCUCCUGCUUCACAAUUUUCAAAUGGAGUCAAAUUCUGAUUUCAAAGAUCGGAUCGAUUCUUUGAUUAGAUUAAUUAACGACGUUGAAUUAAAGAUAAGUGCAUAUAUAGAAAGCAAACAGUUAAAAGCUGCUUAUCUUCUCGCCGUUAAACAUCAAAGAGCUCAAGAUAUUAGAAAAAUUUUGAAAGAAGCUGAUAGACUUGGGCAGAAUGCUAUUAGAUCCAUUUGUACCAAAUGGUUAAAGCAGACACAAAAUUCCUUAUGAAAAUAGGAAUGGGAGGGAGGAGAUAAUUAUCAACAUUUUUAGCUUACAAAGCUUUUAUUGUAUUCAAGUGUAAUAGGGCACGUUGUCCUUACACAGUAAAUCAUAUUUUUAUUUUAUUUAUUUAAGCAAUACGGGCGAAUAUAGUAAUUAAAAGUUUUACUUUAUAUUGUAUCGCGAGAUUUCAAUAUUGUCGCGAGUUGCGUCGUACAUUAAUAACAAUUAAAACGACAAUAUGUAUACUACAAUGAAAUAACAAUUUCUCGAGCGUAACGAGACUGCCAAACCACAUAGUGAUGUAAUGUUAGUGGUACUGGCAUGUAAUAACCAAAUUUUAGUAUGGGUCUGUGAUAUGUAUUACAUGGAAUAACAAAUGUUAGUAAUUGAUUAUGUUAAUCUGCAAUGUAUGUGCAAGCUGAAAUUUCUACUGUAUUUGUGCAUCUACUAAACUGUCCGCAAAAAUAAAUUUAUACACUGGUGGAAAGUUAACAUAAUAAACAUAAGACUAACAAAACAGUGAAAAUUUAAUAGUUUUCAAUUCAACUCAAUUUUAUUAUGUUAAAGUAAUAUUACAGUAUUUUUGAUAACAGAGUUAAAAUAGCACUCCGAAAUAAUUUUUGUGAAGUCUAAAAAAAAAUUUCUACCAGUGUAUGAGUUAGGGUAGAUUAUAAUAUAAAUGAAAGUAUGUAAUAAAAAGUAAUAAAUAGUACAUAAUUAUGAUUUUGUGAAGUACUGUCUUAGUGGAAUGUGUUCGAUGAUUAACAAAAACCGAUGACAGACUAGAUAGAUGCCAAAAAGGGCAAUCUUAUUAUUUUGUAGAACGUAUAUAGAUCACAAAAAUAGCAGUUCUGUCUCUCA